GUGAUCAGUGGAAUCAGCUGGUUCCCGUUGGGUCCUUAUGAAAACCCACAGACACACGGCACAUGUUCGAGUGCCAACUGCCUUCGAGAGGGAGCCUUUUGUACCCAAACUGCUAAUGUCUACACAGUCCUGCUUUUGAACAGAGGAAGAAAAAAAGUCGUCAUCACGAGGUGUGGUUCAAGAGGAACGUGACGCACCAUGUCUUGUGUGCUCUUUGCCGUUGGACUGGCGACAGGAUUUCUGUCUCUCAGACUCCUCUUCCUCUCCGGCCUGCUGACGGAGCAGCCAGGAGUCCCUCUGCAGUUCGUCAGCAGUCAGGAUGGACAAGGUCUCGGGCAUAACCACACAGAUGAGAACAGGAGCGUGGCAGCUGAUCUCUCCGAGACGAUACGAAUCUUGUGCUGGAUCAUGACGGAGCCCAAGAACUUGGCGUCCAGGGCCAAGCACAUUAAGCACACGUGGGCCAAGCGCUGCAACAGAGUGCUGUACAUGAGCUCUGUGGAGACCGAUUUCCCCACCGUGGGACUGAAUGUGACCGAGGGGAGGAGUCAGCUAUAUUGGAAGACUAUCAGGGCCUUUCAGUACAUCCACCAGAACCACCUGGGCAAUGCCGACUGGUUCCUGAAAGCCGACGAUGACACGUUUGUUGUUGUUGAGAAUCUCCGCCUGGCCUUGUCUAGGUAUGAUCCAGAGAAGCCUUUGUAUCUCGGGAGGCGGUUUACCCCGUUUAUCCGACAAGGCUACAUGAGCGGCGGGGCAGGUUAUGUUCUCAGUAAAGAAGCGCUGCGAAGAUUUAUAAGGGGAUUCGAAAGUCAGGAAUGCAACCACUACUCCGACAUUGAAGACAUGGCUUUGGGUAAAUGCAUGGAGACCAUGAAAGUGGAGCCGGCAGACUCGCGGGACUCGAAAGGGAGACAAACGUUCCAUCCCUACCCUCCAGACCAUUACCUGAUCAGGCAGCCCCCGAGACCACGGCCUUGGUACUUGUUAUACGAGUAUUACAGCCCAAGAGAGGGUCCGGAAUGCUGCUCAGAUUUUGCCGUAUCAUUUCACUACAUUCAUGCUGUUGAAAUGUACACUUUGGAGUACUUAACUUAUCACCUGCGACCGUACGGCUACAAGUACAGAUACACUGCUGAUAAACGAACGGGAAUCAAUGAAACAGUUGGGACCAUGUAACAUGCCAGUGUCUCCUGCACACAUUUCUGCCUCUUUCCAAUGCAAGUGAGUAAAAAGUGGACUAAUAUGCUGUUUUUGGUCAAUUCCUUUUU